CUGGAGGUUGGGGAUCUAAUUACCGGGCCAUAAUUGGGGGCUAGGGAAUAGGUUGCCGUCCUCUCAACUCGCUGCAGAUCAAUUAUGUUAAGAGAACAUCUGUAAGUAGAACUUAAUGAGGUCCAUUAGAGCAACAUGCGCUGCCUUCCCUAACGGUGCUUGUCAGCUUCUUGGAUGAGCUGGAGUGUGCUGCUAACUAGGGACCUGGUGAAGGUGCUUAAAUAGGCGAGGAGACGUGCGGGCCGGCUCAGGUCUGUUUUGCUUUGCUGCCAGGGAGGGAGUGAGACCGCGAGCGAAGAAACAGCCGUCGUGGGGAGAAGGAGGGGAAUCUUUUUAGAGCGCGAGCGAGGAGGAGUUGCACCGAGGCGGGCUGCGUGUUUUUAACCCGCUCGCCUGGAACUUGACAAGGGAACCGGCUAUAUUUGAGCUACCAUCUCGUCCUAAUCGGCAACUUUUCCUCGGUAUACAAAUGCUCUCCGUCCAGCCGGACACCAAGCCAAAGGGCUGUGCCGGCUGCAACCGGAAAAUCAAGGACCGCUACCUGCUGAAGGCCCUGGACAAGUACUGGCACGAAGACUGCCUCAAGUGCGCCUGCUGCGACUGCCGACUCGGCGAGGUGGGCUCCACGCUGUACACCAAAGCCAACCUCAUCCUCUGUCGGAGGGACUACCUACGGUUGUUCGGUGUGACAGGGAACUGUGCGGCUUGCAGUAAACUCAUCCCAGCCUUCGAGAUGGUCAUGAGAGCCAAGGAGAACGUCUAUCACCUGGACUGCUUCGCCUGCCAGCUGUGUAACCAGAGGUUCUGCGUCGGAGACAAGUUCUUCCUGAAGAACAACAUGAUCCUCUGCCAGACAGACUACGAGGAAGGGCUGAUGAAGGAGGGCUACGCGCCGCAGGUCCGCUGACCACCCCGCGACCCCGACGCUCGCAGGAGGGGAACGAGCUGCGAGAGGACCCGAAGGGGACAUGCAAUCAGACACAAAAAGCACUAGCGUCCUCUCCAGCCCCUGUCCCCAUUACUUUGUAUAUACGAAGAGCCCAAAUAAGGGACAGUGUACUGUACAAAUUAGCCAUAGAGACGUUUUUGCUAAGUGGAAGAACGUUCCAAGACGGACCAAGACCGUGGUUCGCUUUUAAUGACGCUGCCUGACGGCCUUAUGAAGACGAGACAUCUCGAUGGCCGACUUUUGUGAACUUAAACACACAAAUGUACAACCCCCAAGUCCAAAUCGCAAUUCCAUUUCACUUGCUUUACAGGGUGAAGAGCGCAUAGUAAAAAAAAAUUAAAAAUUCAGUAUUUAGAGUGUGAGAAGAAAAGGAGCCAUGUCAACAUAAGAUCUCAGGUUGAAUGGGUUUCCUCAUUGUCCUUUCUAUUUCGAACUAUUUUGCGUUUGUGUCUUAAUUGCGUUUUCAGCUGUUCAGCCAAUCAGAUGAUGUUUGAUGUUUAAUGUACAGUUACAGGAACCAAUGAGAUUUCACAGUGGGCGGAGCUACCCAGCACAAUGCCUCAGACAGAGUCGAAAUGCCUUGGCUGUUUAGGACAGCUUUGCAAAACUGGUUAGGACAUGGUGUUAGCUUGCUAACAGAUCUUUGAGCUUCGAUUUUGACAAGUGGUGUGAUUUCAGUAGUGAUGUUUUGAAACAUUUAUUUCACCCUGUUUAAGAUCUAGCUGUCAAAUGCGAAUUCUUUGAACAUUUGGGUUUGGCACGUAUGUAAACCGAAGGGUUUGUUACUUUCUUCACUGUAUUUAUUUAAUAGGCUUUUCGUCAUUGCGCGUAACUCAAGGCUUUGUUCCUGACAUGUUUAUACCUGAACUGAAUCACCGCCAGUCGCCAAGCAUCUCCUUCAGACGUUUUUUUCUUUUUUUGUGCGGCCCAUGUUGAUCUGCUCAAUCCUGUUUAAACACAAUCAGGUCGCAUAAACUGUAGGCAUUACUGGAGCACGUGAAUACCUGGUUGGAGGAUUUGCCUUUACCGGGUUUUGUUUACUAUCGACUCAAGGCGACACGCGAGCAAAUCACUACUGUAGCCUACUAUGUUGAUAAUCCUUUUAUGGGCUAUGACAACCUUUGGAAACCGAGGACAUAGCCUAGAGAAAAUAUGAGGACAAACUUAAUUUGUAUAUGGUGGUUGUACAUAUUUAAGAAAAAUAUUCCUUUUUGCUUGCUAUUGUAUAUGGAUUUUCUUUUUAUGUGUUAUUCAGCAUGAGAUGUUUAUUUUUAGGACGUGUACAUACUGUACUGUAAUCAUUUUAAGCACAAAUGUAAUACAGUUUUAUUGUGUUA